AUGACCAGACGUCGAACAAAAGCUGGCGGCAGCACCACCGCUUCCAACGCACCCGACAACUCACAGGACACCGACGCCGGCAGCGAGGUCUCCAGCACGAAGCCUGGUUCCUCCGUCAACAAACCUUUUACCGUCCCAAUACCGGAUGAUCUCGACAUUGAAUAUCUCAGCUCUACGCUACCCGAUGUCGAUUUCUCGAGACCAUCAGCAGAAGAUGUCUUGGCCUUGUACCAGCUCGUGCUAGGACAGGCGGCGGAGUUCGACGCGACGCAGAGGGAGCUUGAGGAAGCCCAUGCUGAGAUCGAGAAGAAAGAUGUUGAGCUCGACCAGAUCUUUCAGGACCGAGAGACGAUGUCUGUAGAGUCCCAGAGGGAGCUCGAGAAAGUUCAGAACGAAUUGAAGCAGAUCAAACAGGAACGCGACGAGCUUGCUUCCGAGAAGAUUGAGCUGAGGAAACAGUUGAUGAUGGUGACCACUAGUCAGACGAGCUCCAGCUCAGAGGUUGAGCUCCUCAAAAACAGGAUCAACGACACCGAGCGAGAGAAGCGUGAUCUGGUUGGUGUCGUCGACCGUCUGAAAGAGGACAGCGCGAUGCGUGAUGAGGAAGUCACGUCACUCCGCGCAAACCUCAAGCAAGCCCGGCACGAAUAUCAGUCACUGGAAUCCCAACUCCGCGAAGUCCGCUCCACCGAAACAUCUACUAGGUUCAAACUCGACUCUCUAACCCAGCAACUCCAACUGGCCAAAGACGAAUGCGAACGCCUCACUAACACGCUUACGACCCAACAAUCCACACACACAGCCUACCGCACCUCCACCUCCACCCAACUCACGACCCUCCAAUCUCAACUAUCCACCCUCCAAACCGAACACACCGCAGUCCAAUCCAGCCUCGCCUCUCUCCGCAGCUCGCACGCUCAGCUGAGCGCCGACAAUGCCAGACUGUCGAGGGAGAAGGAGGAAUACAAGCGGAGACAGGUCGAGAGCGAAGAGGAGUUUGGGAGGGAGGUCGAGGGGCUGAAGAGGCUUGUGGCUGUUAUGGAGAGGAGGGAGGAGGAAGCGAAGGGCGUCGUUAGGAGGAUAGAGAGUGAUUGGGAAUCGGUGCAGCGGACGGCCGAGAGGCGGGAAGACGAGCUCUUGCGUGAGGUGGACCGCGAACGCAAGAGGGCAGAGGAGCUCGAGGUGAAGUUGGAGGAGUUCGAGCGGGUGCUAGAGAGUGUCAACCGCGGAGACUACCCCGUUCCGAGCGCUGAGGCUGCCAUGGGAUUGGGUGUGUCGCCUUCUAUGGCCUCGGUGUUUGGGACGCCGGGUUCGCCUGCGACGCCGAUGAGGAGUGGAAUAUCGGAUGCGACGGAGAUGGCGAUCAUGGGUCUGAGCCCGACGAUCGCGAUGGCAAGCAGGGCGCAGAAGGCGGGGAAGACGUUUACGGAGGUCUACGCGGACCAUGUUAGACUCCAGGAUGCGUAUGCGCGUAAGUGUAGGGAGUAUGAGAAUAUGGAGAAGGCGCUCAAUGGGGUGUUGAACCAGAUUGAGGAGAGGGCCCCCGUACUCGCCGAACAACGCAUGGAAUACGACCGCCUGAUCUCAGAAUCGCACCACAUCUCAUCCGAACUCUCCGCCGCUCUCGAGGCCCGCGACGCCCACGCCAAAGCCGCGCUCGACGCCACGAAGAAGCUCAAUUCGAUCCUCAAGGAGAACAACAUGCUUGUCAAGCAGGCGGACGACCUCGGACGCCAAGUUCGGUAUCUCUUGCGCCAGAAGGAGAGACUCGACCAUCCCGAGCUGCCCGAUGAGGAGGACACGGAGAUGAUUGACGGUGAAAGUGGCGCUCAGUCGGAUAAUAUCGAAGAUGUGAUCACGAAUAAUCUAGUUCUGUUCACCACGCUCCCCGGGAUGCAAAUUCAGAACCAGAAACUGCUGCGUAUCGUGCGUGAGCUCGGGGCGAAGAUGGAAUCUGAAGAAAAGGAGUGGAAGGAGGAGUUCAGGAACCAGUGGCAGGUCGAGGCCAGGAAGAGUGAAGAUGCGAUUCAGGAGGCUGCGAAGGCGAUGAUGGCGAUGCAGGAGACUAUAGACAGGGAGAAGGCCGCGAAAGAAGUUGCUAUCAAGGAGAAGGAUACGUUGAGGGCUAUGUUGGAGAGAAUGAAGAAGGAGGGUGGUCCGUCCGCUGUCGGUGGUGGCGAGUCGAACGGUGCGAGUACGGUCGAGCAAAACGGAGUUGGGGCAGGAGAGGAGCCAGAGGGGUUGAAGAGUCAGCUGGUGGAGGUGCAGAACGAGUUUGAGGCGUAUAGGACGGAGAUGGACGUUGAUGGGGGAAGGGUGAGGGAGGAGCUUGUGAGAGUCCAGAGGGAGAACGGUCAGUUGAGCGGAGCGUUGGCCAAAGCAAAUGCAAGGAUCGAACACAUGAACGAGCGGCACCAAAUGAUGAAAGAGCAGUACAGCGUUCAAGCCCGCGAUAUGGACGAGCUUCGUAAACGGUAUGAUAUCGUUUGCGAUAAGUGGACCCGCACGGAUGUGGAGUUUGCCAGAGCAACAGAGGAGCUUUCCGUCCUGGAGGGUAAGAUGGAGAUCAUGAGGAACGAAUGUGCGAAUUUGAGAGCGGAGAAGGGAAUUUGGGAUAGCAUCCAGAGCCGCCUGGUUGAGGAGAACAGGGCACUGUCGGUCGAGAGGUCUCAUCUGUCGGAUCUGAUGUCGAACGUGCAGAAGAUGCAUAACGACCUCGAGCGAUCAGGCGAGAACGAUAGGAAGAGGUUGGAAAACCAGAUUCAAAUGCUUGAGGGCCAGACCUUGGACAUUCGUAACCAGCUCAGUCUCGAAAGGGACUCUGUCCAGAGGCUCACCCUGCAGAGGGAGCUCGAGGCCAAGGAACUCCAAUCGCGCUUGGACAAACAGACCCAGGAACUUUCUACCACUCGCGAAUCCCUCGCACGCGCAGAAACGAGUAAGACUCACCUCGAAGAGAAGGUUUCCGACCUUUCUCGGCAGCUGCAAGGCAACGAGGAGAAGUUAGCAGUUUAUGAGCGCAGAGGGCCCAUUGCGUCUUCGUCGGCUAUGGCUGUGGAUGGGGUUGGACAUCAGGCUGAGAUGGACGAUGGGACGACGAAGGAACAGCAGCUUGAGACUGAGGUCGCUGAUCUUCGCGCUCAGCUGAAGCUUGUGGAGGUGGAUCUCGAGAACGCGAGAAAGCAUGUGGCGCAGUUCCAGGAGAUCAGUCAGGCGAGCGAGGCGGCUCUGGCUUCGUUGAGCUCGACGCACGACGAGUACAAAGCCAGCACCGAAGCCGCCUUGGCCAAGCAGGCAAGCGAAUACGCCGCCCUCCAGGCGAAUCUCGAGGCUGUCAAGCAGCAGCUUGAGGAAUCGAAGAAGAUGUUGGCGGAUGCGAAACGUGUGGCUGACGAGGAGAGGGAAGCAUGGAGGGACGACAAGAAGACGUUGGAGGAUACGAUUGUGGACUUGACCUCUUCGGAGAAGCACAUCGCGGAGGACAGAUCUUCGAGGGACUCGGAGAUCCGGGAGCAGGAGGAGCGCGCUAAGGCUGCUGAGGAGCGGUACAGCCGCGAGGUCAUCGCCCAUGCGGAAUCCAUACAGACCAUCGAGCAACUCAGGGCGCAAUUGAAUCAGCUACAGACGUCGUCGAGGCAGAAUGCGGCCGCGGCUGAGACGGCGGCGGCGAAGCUGACGGCGUCGGAGGCGAGCUGGACGCAGCAGAGGGAGGCUUUGGACAAGGAGAUUGCUGAUCUUAGUGCACGGUGCGUUGCCAAGGAACUCACCGAACAGAACAAGGUUCUCCACGAACACCUCGACUCCGUCAGCUCACAAGCCGCUCGCAUCCGCGAGACCGCUGCCACCGAUCCAGCCUCCGCCUCCGCCGAGAACGUCGACGCUGGCGAUUCCGAGUUACACAGGGUUAUCGCUUACCUACGCAGGGAGAAGGAGAUCGUGGAUAUGCAGCUGGAGCUGAGCAAGCAGGAGAACACGAGGUUGAAGAGCCAGAUUGCGCGGUUGACACAGGACCUGGAUGAUACGAGGACGACGUUGUCUGAGGAGCGCGAACGUGCUGUCGCCGCCGCUGCCACCGAUGCUCAGCACGCCGAGCUCGUUGAGAAGAUCAACCAGCUCACGAUCCUUCGCGAGAGUAACGCCACUCUCCGUGCUGAAUCUGAGGCACACUCGAAGCGCGUCAGGCAGCUUGACAUCAAGGUCAGGACCAUGACAGCGGAGCUCGAACCUCUCCGCGAGCAGGCUCGUGUGGCGAAGGCAGAGCUGGAGGCUCGUAACCUUCACGUUCGGAAGUUGGAGGAGGAGAACAAGAAAUGGCAGGAGCGUAAUGCUCAGCUCCUCACUAAGUACGACCGUAUCGAUCCCGCGGAAAUGCAAGCACUCAAGGACGAACUCCAACGCUUGAAGGCGGAGAAGGCUGCCGCGUCUAAAAACUUGAAAUCUCACAAGGAUGCUCUCGCGCAGUUCAGGCAACGCAUGGGUCAAGUGAAUGGCGAGAAAGCCCAGCUGAACAGGGACUUAUCUGCGGCGCGCGAGCAAUUGAAGGCUCUCAAUGUUCGGCUCGAGGCGCAGAAGAAUGCCACCCCUGCUCAAGACGCAGGUUCUCAACAGCUCAGGACAGAACUUGCCAGGCUGCGUAUGGAGAAGGCUACCACUUCUUUGACCACCGAGCGCGAUCGUCUGAAGACGGAGAUGGCGGCUCUCUCAUCUGCGCCUGCGUCGAAGGACAACGCUCAAUGGGAGGCUGAAAAGGCCGCUCUUGUGAAGAGUCACGCCGAGGCCAUUGCGAAGGCCGAGAGGCUUCUGGAAGAAGUCCGCGGCUUCAAGAUGUCUAACGAUAAAUUCAAGGCUCGCAUUGAGGACUCCAAUAAAGCCCGUCAGAAACUCGUUGAUGAGCAAGCUGCAGCCCUCAAAGCUGCCGUCGACAAAGCGACCGAGGCUGCCUCAGGCACCGGCUCGGAGGAGAUCAUCAAAAAGCAUGCCGAAGAACUCCAGGCCCUCGAAGCGCGUCUGAAGACUCAAUACGAAGCCGAGUUAAAGGCUGCCGUCUCAGCAGUAGAGGCCAAGGUCAAGGAAGAGUCCACUGCUUCUGCCGCCGUCCCCCCCGAUACGGAGUCUGCUGUGAAGGAGGCCGUCGCCAAGCGGGAGAAAGAGAUCAUGGCCACGGUGGACGAACGGAUCGCCAAAGCCCAGGAGGCAGGACGGAUGGAAAUUCAGGCAAAGAUGAAGGUCAAGGACGGGCUGCUCGUGCGCGUCCAGACGAAGAUCAAGCAGUUGGAGGCGCAGAUCGAUGCGUGGAAGAAGGCUGGGCUUGUUCCCGAAGACGAAACCCCAGUCGCUGCCUCCAACCCGCCUACCACUUCCAAUGCGACCCCUGCUCCCGCUGCUCCCUCCGCUCCCGUUUCCACCACUUCCACGACUCCCACCACUACACAGGCUCCGACCGCUCCAGUAACCAGGGGAGGCGCUCGUGGUGGACUGGCUGGUCGUGGUACUAGUCUCCCCCGGCGACCGUCCGUGCCUGCUGCUGGUCCUUCGAAUGUCGGCCUUGGAAGAGGGCGUGGUGGUAUGAGCAUCCGUGGUACCGCCAAUCCUGCAGCCGCCGUCAAUGCUGCUGCUGCUGCCAAUGCCGGUCUCUCUAUCACUGGUGCUGCAGCCAAGCGCGCCAGGGAAGAAAAUGAAGCUGCUAGUGGCAACUCGCUCGCCAAGCGAUUGAAACCCGCGGAGGGUGGCGCAGCUCAGAAUGCGGGUGGAAAUGCAGGUGCGCCGGCUGGGGGACCAAAACCGCCAGUACAGUUGCAGCGUAAUCGGACUGGGCAUCCAUGA